AUGUCUAGUCGCUACGACACUCCUACCCCGCGCAAGGGCCCCCGCUUCGUCUGGACCCCGGAAUUUGAGGAAACCUUCUUCAGGUCGCUCUGUGAGAGCGUCAAGAUGGGCCUCAAGGACACACACAGCUUCAAGUCGGAGGCCUGGGACCGAGCCUGCGCCGCCCUCGCCGAGCGCCAUGGUGCAUAUCCCAACAAGGGCCAUCUGAUCAACAAGAGCGACAAUGCACGCAAGAAGUUUAGGCUCUGGAGAGGCCUGCGCGAAGAUCCAGAGUUUCUCUACAACCCAAAGACAAGGACGGUGACGGCCAGUGAUGCCGCUUGGAGGGCGCACAUUGAGAGGGAACCACUUUCCAAGUCCCUGCGCAACCGUGCCUUUGAGCACGAGGCAUACUUGGAGAUCCUCUUCCCCGAUGUUGUUGGCUCCGGUGGCGCUCCAAAGCGAGUUCUCAAGACGAAGCGCAAGGGUCAACCCGACUCCCUACCCGAUGCCGAUGAUCUCGAUGCCGCUGGGAACAAUGUCAUGAAUCUUCUCACUCCGAACUCCUCGAAUCAGACCAUGUACCGGCCUGUUUCGCAGACGCCAAUUCUUCCCCCGACCGUGCCUUCCAACGGCACCCUUCGCCCUGCAGCCCCAAUGGCCGUCCAAACCCGCGCCGCCAACACUUCAAGCAGCGCUCUGACGCCCCCCGACGAAGAGGCGCCUCAGACAACCCACUCGCGCAAACGCUUUCCCCCCCACAACAACAACAACAAUAACAAUUAUAUCGACCUGACGCACUCAGCUCAGAUGAUGAAGAUGGACAACCAUGACCCGCACAUGGAUAACCCAGACCAACACGACGGCAGCCACGCCGUCUCGAACAACAGCGGCAACCACGCGAACCAGCAAUCCUCCAACAAUAACAACACGGCCGGUUCAAGCCCCAACUCCCGCCCACACCUCCAAGAAGCCAUGGCCGCGUUCGGUGAGUACCUACGAAACCACCGCAACGCGGCACCCGCGCCCCGCUGGCAGGAGAUGGCAAUGGAGACCUUCUUCCGCGACUUUGCGGACGAAGACCCGGACCUACAGAUUCGGAUCGGCGAGAAGGUGCUCUGCGACCCCAACAAGGCCAUGAUGUUCUGCAUGAUGCCCGAGCACAUGCGCAAGCACUGGGUCAAGCGGCUUAGGGAGCUGCACAACCGGCACGACUUCUCGUCGCUGAGCGUCGGCGGUGGCGGCGGCGGCGGCGGCGGCUCCGGCAGCCAGUCGGGCAGCAUGAAUCCGCCCAGCAUGGGCAAUGCUGUCGGUCCUGGCUUGAACGGCAACAACGGCCUGAUGAAUGGUGGUGGCAUGGGCCCCGGCAUCAUGACGCUGGGUUCCGUUGCUGGUGUUAAUGGCAUGGGCCGGAACGGCAGCCAGGUUGGGUGACGGGGCUCACAUUCCCCGCCUUUCUAAGUCCACUGUCCACUGCUAUUAUUGCCACUGCUGUCAUGGUU